AUGACGGCCGGGACCAUGCGUGUGCUGGGCGGGGAGGUCAGCCCGUUCACGGCGCGGGCGCGCCUGGCGCUGGAGCUGCGCGGCGUGGCGUACGAGCUCCUGGACGAGCCGCUCGGGCCCAAGAAAAGCGACAGGCUCCUCGCCGCCAACCCCGUCUACGGCAAGAUCCCCGUCCUGCUCCUCCCCGACGGCCGCGCCAUAUGCGAGUCCGCCGUCAUCGUCCAGUACGUCGAGGACGUCGCGCGCGGAAGCGGCGGCGCCGAGGCUGGCGGCCUGCUGCUGCCGGACGACCCCUACGAGCGCGCCAUGCACCGCUUCUGGACCGUCUUUAUCGACGACAAGUUUUGGCCGGCGCUGGACGCCGUCUCGCUGGCGCCGACCAAGGACGCACGCGUGCAGGCCGUGGUAGACACCCGCGCGGCGCUAAACCGCCUGGAGGAGGCGUUCAAGGACCGCAGCAACGGCGCGGCUUUCUUCUCCGGCCGCGACGCGGCGCCGGGCCUCCUGGACCUGGCCCUCGGCUGUUUCCUGCCGGCGCUCAGGGCCUGCGAGCGCCUCCACGGCCUCUCCCUCAUGGACGCGUCCACGACGCCGCUCCUGGACGGGUGGAGCCGACGCUUCGCCGCGCACCCCGCAGCCAAGCGCAUCCUGCCGGACACGGACAAGGUGGUGCAGUUCACGAGGUUCCUCCAGGCAAAGUUCGGGGUCCACGAGUCCUAA